ACGAGCCGUCGUAACCCACCCACCCACCCACCAUCCACCCCAAUCUCCUCCCUCCCAACCGCAGGCGGCGGCGGCGGCGGCGCACCAAAGCCAGCGGUCUCACCCACCUUCGCUCCCUCCGCCGGCGGGCGCAUCCACCCUCCGGUCACGGUGCACGCCCUCUCGCCUCCCUACAUCCUCCCCCCUCCCGGUCGCGGUGGCAUGGCGGCAUGAACGGAGCGGCGCGGCCCGCAACCAAGGCGAGGGGCCAGGACGCUCUACGUCGCCAGGGACCUCAAGCUGACGACGGCCGGGGCCGGGUACAAGGACGGGAAGGCCAUCCUGGCCGACGCCUUUAGGAGGAUGGUGGCCGCCAUCCAGCUGGACCACGCCAUCAAUGGCAGCUACGACGGCCUGCCCGUGCUCGCCGGUGUCAAUGUGUCCGUCCGUUCCCCGGACGACGAGCUCAAGUUCGGGGUGGAUGAAUCGUACAAACUGACCGUGCCUUCAACCGGGAGUCCCCUGUAUGCCCGAAUUGAGGAACCACCGAGGCAAACAUACAUAGCUGGAAAAAUUCUGUCUGGUGCGUUCUUUCAUGAUUGUGAAUUCCAGGGAUCAGCUAAUGCGGCAGCAAAAAUUAUGUGUGUUGCAGGUGUCUUGGAUGCUUGUAGAGACAAACAUACACGGAUGGCCUGGUUUUGUACUCUUUGAUUUCGUUAAGUAGCAUCAAAUGCGAACAAAGGCCAUCAUCCCAGAGCUCUCAGUGUAAUGGUGGCUUAGGUAUUUCGAAUGGACCAAGAGGCGUUCGCACAAGAAACAAAUAUCAACUUAAGAUGGCACUGUCUCAAGGUUUUCAGCUAAAGAAUAAUUGUUGGACAAUGGAACAGAAGGUUCAACCUGAACCAUCAAGGUCAAAAGAGACUGUGAAGGAGCCACUUGAUGCCAGCGGAGCAGAUUACGAUGCUAGAUGUAAUAGCACUCCAAUUUCUGUGGGUGACCCUAGAA